ACACCGUAGCGGUAGAGAUGGCGACCAAGAUGUCAAACGCCAACGUUACCUAGUCAAAGUGUCGUUUUUAACCUUAUCCAAGCGUUUACCUGAUUAACUUUAGACAAGGUGAAUAACCGGACACUAUGGAGGAACCUUGGGAUUUUGAGUUUUUGUCCCGCAUUGCUGACAGCUGCUAUUCCUUCCUAUCCGAGUUUAUUGAUGAUUGGCUCGCCAACGACAUGAGAGUCUCCAUAUUCAAAAUAUUACUCAGCUGGUUAAUUUUUAGUCUAAUCGCGAUUCACUUUGCGUGGAAGGUAUACGGGAAUACAGUCAACGAUAUGUACUAUCGGCAGGGGACUGGACAGAACGGAGGCACGCCGGACACAGCACCUCACCUGAGUGGAUGGGAAAGCAAAGCAGAAAAUAGCCCGAAGACACAUCGAGACUAACAGGACAAUGGUGUUGGACUUUCUCCAAGUGAGAGCUGGACUCCUGUGAUGAGACAUUAAAUGCACCCUAAUUCCUCAAGUUUUGUUGCCAAUCAAGCAUCUUCAGUGCUGCUGGCAACAGCCCGGAGAAACAUCUGUUAUGUACAUCAGCAGUGUCACAUUGAUAUUCACUAAAUCUACUACACAGUGCUGUGAGAUAUUUAUUUUGGCUUGUCAACAUUGGUCAUUGAACAGAACCUAAAUCUGCAUAAAUACUUAAAUUAAUCUGUUUGGAUUUCUGGUCAACUCUUUUUUUUCAGCCAAGAUGCUUCAGUAUGAAUGUGACAACUAUUGACGGACUUAUGAGUAAAAGAACACUGUUUUGAUUGGAAACACAACAUUUUCAAUUGUAACCAUGAGCAUAGUUACUGGAGUUGAUUUUAAGUAUUAAGUAUUUUUACAGUAUUUUUCAAGCCUGCUGAAAUACAUAUCCAUGAAAACAA